AUGACUUUCCAAGGCCAGCGAUGCAAGCACAUCCUGCUGUCUCUACUGAUCCGUUGUUGGAUACAAGUAGCCAAACAGAGUGAUCAAAGCAUCAAGCCUCCCACCAGACAAUCAGUGUCCAUCCAGCCUCCCACCAGACUACCAGUGUUCAUUCAGCCUCCCACCAGACUACCAGUGUUCAUACAGCCUCCCACCAGACUACCAGUGUCCAUCCAGCCUCCCACCAGACUACCAAUGUUCAUCCAGCCUCCCACCAGACUACCAGUGUUCAUCCAGCCUCCCACCAGACUACCAGUGUCCAUCCAGCCUCCCACUAGACUACCAGUGUCCAUCCAGACUCCCACCAGACUACCAGUGUUCAUCCAGCCUCCCACCAGACUACCAGUGUUCAUCCAGCCUCCCACCAGACUACCAGUGUCCAUUAAGCCUCCCACCAGACAACCAGUGUCCAUUCAGCCUCCCACCAGACAACCAGUGUCCAUCCAGCCUCCCACCAGACAACCAGUGUCCAUCCAGCCUCCCACCAGACAACCAGUGUCCAUUCAGCCUCCCACCAUCUCUACGACCAGUGACCACUAG